AACAGUUCAUACAAAAUAUAGAAAUUCAUUCAGAAUGAAAACCGCUGUUGCUUUCUUGGCCUUAGUUGCCUUUGCUGCUGCCGCUCAAGUGGCCGAUCCCUUCGCUGAUCGUUCCAUUUCCAGCACCGUUGUCGAUGUCAUUGAAGGUGUCCGCGAUCAAAUGCCAUGCGGUUUCCCCGAUUUGGGCAUCCCACCAUUGGCUCCCUUGAAAAUCGCCCACCAAGAUGUCAACAUUGAUACCCCUGCUCUCCGUUUGGUCGGUUCCGUCGAUAACUUCCGUUUGAAUGGCUUGAACGAUUUCGAUAUCGCUGAAAUGAAAGUCAAUGCCAUUACCAGCAAGGUUACCUUCCGUUUCAUCUUCAACAAUGUCAAUGUUGAUACCUUGUACGAUUUCUCCGUUAUGUUGAAGAAAUUCGGUUUCACCAUUAACAUGGUCGGUGCUGGCCCAGCUAAAUUCGCCAUCAAGGAUAUGCAAAUCUGGGGUACCAUGAAAUACUCUUUGGGUGUUUUGUCUGGCAAAUUGAAGUUGAAGACCUUGGAAGUCCGCACCCACAUUGGUGAAGUUGAAUCCGAUAUUGAAGGUAUUUUGGGUGAAGGUGUUGUCAACCACAAGAUGAACGACAUUUUGGAAGAAGCUGUUGAAUUGGCUAUCAACGAAAAUGAAGAUUUGAUCACCGAAACCAUUGAAGCUAUGGCUUUGCCCAUGGUUAACGGUGUUUUGGAAGAAGUCAAAUUGGCCGAUUUGGUUGGUGGUAUUGGUGGUGGUGAAGGUGGUGAAAAGGUUGAAUGUAUCCCCCCAGCUGAUAACUAAAU